UCCAUAUUUAAACUGGUUCGCUCAUUGAGUCGCGUCCUCGGCACUCGCCGCGUGGCACCAACGUCAAAGCGGACGACGCAGCUUCUUCCUCUCCGAUGCCCCAAAGCUCCAAUUUCCAUUUUCGACCAACAAGAACACAUUACAUUAUUAUUUGUUUUUUCCAUCGGAAUUCUGCUCAUUCCAUAAUUGAAAAUCCGUUUCCACCGAGCUUCUCGCCCAAGAUUUCCAUGGCCAUCGGUUGUUUUGCGGCUUCCUUAUAAAGAAAUUUGUUAAUCCAACUGUUCUUCUUCCCAUAUUCUUCGUUUCAACAAUUUGAAUCAAUGAUUCCUCCUCCGCCUGUCUCCGGCUCCUCCCACGACGUCGCUUUCACUUCCGGUUCCUUCUCAAUCUCUUCUCACCUCUCUGUUUGAAAAUUUUCCCUAUGCAUUCUUUCUGCUGUGUCUCUACUGUCUCUGAUAACUCUUCGUCCAAGAAACCGCCGUAUCCGAUGCCCGACCUUCAUAUUCCACCGGCUUCUCCUGCGGUUUCUGUCGCUUCCAGAUCGGAUCCGACGAUUCGGAUUUCUCAUAAUCGGAGUCUUAGUAGUAGCGAUGCGGGACGGCUUAGCCACCGGAGUAUUUUUGCUGCUGAGAUGGUUGCACGGCAUUCCUCCUUUAGGGAGCCUCCGGUUGACGUUAAGAUCAACGAUAUUGUUGGGAAUGGUAUUUGUGGUAUACUCUAUAAGUGGGUGAACUACGGGAAAGGUUGGCGUCCACGCUGGUUUGUGCUUCAGGAUGGCGUUUUGUCCUACUAUAAGAUUCAUGGACCUGAUAAGAUCGUUGUCAAUGAGGAAACAGAGAAGGGAUCGAAGGUGAUUGGCGAGGUGUCAAUGAGGAGGAUUGCGAGACAUAAGAAUGGGUUCUCUAAUCAUACCACCCAGUUCCCACUCAGGCGCAAGCCGUUUGGGGAAGUUCAUCUCAAGGUUUCCUCAAUUCGAGAAAGCCGAUCAGAUGAUAAGAGGUUUUCCAUCUUCACUGGGACAAAGAGACUUCACUUGCGUGCGGAGACCUGCGACGAUCGGUUGGCAUGGAUGGAUGCAUUGCAGGCAGUGAAGGAACUAUUCCCAAGGAUGUCGAACAGCGAGCUCAUGGCGCCUAAGGACUUCUUGUCUGUGUCAACAGACAGGAUUAGAAAGCGGCUUUUAGAAGAGGGUGUCAAUGAAACAGCUAUUCAGGACACUGAAAACAUUAUGAAGAGUGAGUUUGCUGCAUUGCAAAACCAGCUCUUGUUGCUCAAGCAGAAGCAGUGGCAACUUAUUGACACACUGCGGCACUUAGAGACAGAAAAGGUUGACUUGGAGAAUACAGUAGUUGAUGAGAGCCAGAGACAGUUCAAUGAGCCAGGGGCUUUGCCUGGUCCGCUGGAAAAGUACAGUGAUGCAAGUGCAAGUGUAACUGAAUCUGAUGAUGACAAUGAGCGAGUUGAUGCUGCAGAGGAAGAAACAGAUGAUGAUGAGAACACUUUUUUUGAUACGAGAGAUUUUUUAUCGUCAAGUUCGUUCAAAAGCAAUGGAUCUGUCAGGAUAUCAUCUUUUUCUUCGGAUGAAGGCACUCAUGCAGUUGGUUCUGAGGAAGAGGUGGAUCCAUCAAUUAGGUCUGUUGGAACUAAUUAUCCACAUGUUAAGCGGCGCAAGAAAUUACCUGAUCCAGUUGAAAAGGAGAAGGGUGUUAGCCUUUGGUCAAUGAUUAAAGAUAACAUUGGAAAAGAUCUCACCAAAAUUUGUCUCCCUGUUUUCUUCAAUGAGCCUCUUUCUUCCUUGCAAAAGUGUUUUGAAGAUUUAGAAUAUUCUUACCUUAUUGAUCGGGCACAUGAGUGGGGAAGAAGGGGUGAUAGCCUCAUGAGGAUUCUUAACGUAGCUGCAUUUGCUGUAUCUGGAUAUGCUUCAACAGAAGGAAGAAUUUGCAAGCCAUUUAAUCCACUGUUAGGGGAAACUUAUGAGGCUGACUAUCCUGAUAAAGGUCUCAAGUUUUUCUCCGAGAAGGUUAGCCAUCAUCCAGUGGUAGUUGCAUGCCAUUGCGAGGGUAAAGGGUGGAGAUUUUGGGGGGACAGCAAUUUGAAGAGCAAAUUUUGGGGUCGAUCAAUUCAGCUUGAUCCUGUUGGUCAGUUAACUUUAGAAUUUGAUGAUGGAGAAGUCUAUCAGUGGAGUAAGGUGACGACGUCAAUUUACAAUCUAAUACUGGGGAAGCUGUACUGCGAUCAUUAUGGUACAAUGCGUAUAGAUGGAAAUCGUGAAUACUCGUGCAAGCUAAAAUUCAAGGAGCAGUCCAUUAUUGACAGGAAUCCACACCAGGUUCAGGGUGUAGUUCAAGAUAGAAAUGGAAAAACGGUGGCUACAUUAUUUGGAAAAUGGGAUGAGAGUAUGCAUUAUGUCAAUGGGGACUGUUCUCGGAAGGGAAAAGGAUUUGAUUCAUCUGAACCCCACCAACUCUGGAAACGAAACAAGCCACCUAAAUUUUCUACUAGAUAUAACUUCACGCCUUUUGCUAUGACUUUGAAUGAACUGACACCAGGCUUGAAGGAAAAGUUGCCUCCUACAGAUUCAAGGCUCAGACCUGAUCAGAGGUUUUUGGAAAACGGAGAGUACGAAAUGGCUAACUCGGAAAAGUUGCGAUUGGAGCAGCGCCAACGACAGGCACGGAAGAUGCAAGAGAGAGGUUGGAAACCAAGGUGGUUUGCCAAGGAUAAGGGAACCGAUACAUAUCGCUACAUUGGCGGGUACUGGGAGGCCAGAGACAAUAGCAAAUGGGACUCAUGCCCUGAUAUAUUCGGUCAGAUUCCUAUUGAUCCACAACUCGACUGAAUUGAACAGUUUUUUCGGUUUUUUUUUUUUUUUAAUUUUAUAAAUGAUUUUUUCACAUAUUUUUACCGGAUGAGUAGCCAAUAGCCUGCUCAUUUGAGUGGUCAUAUAGUAUAGUAACUGCCACUGUCGAUGUGGUUGCAAAGUAAAUUAGAUUGAAGAUGCUGGACAGUCAAUUAGAAAGGAUCAAGAAAAAAAAAGGGUAAAAGUAAAAAAAAAAAAAAGAAAGCAGCCCAUAGUUUCUCUAAGUAUCUGCCCAGCAUCUCAUGUGUUCUUGUUAGGUGAAAACAUCUCUUUCACAACCAAGUGUUGAAUGAAAGCAUUUGUAGAUUGAUUAUUCUAAAGUAUAUAAUCCAAUCCUUAAUGAACGUUUCUGGAUA